AUGCUACCACCAUAUGGGCCAAUCUGGCUUGUCACGGUUGGAGAAGGGGCUGUAUCGACUGAUGUUGUUCUGAAGUUUCCGCCCGAUAUCGUAGAAGAUGCUGUUGAUAGAAAUGCUGAACUCGCCGCAGUCGAGGACGAGGUAGUUUGGGCUCGAGAGCUUGACGAGGUACUUGUGCUGGGUAUCGCAGGCGGGCAUGCUAGCGAUAUCAAGUCAACCACUGGUUCAAGGAACUGUGACGAACAGGCUCUUUGGACACAGAAAGAAGCUGUCGGGGAGAAAGAGUUGCAUGCACAAGCACCUGGUAGGUCGUCAGCUUCCACCAACUCAAAUCAUUAG